AAAUCCACACAUUUUAUGACAUAAUUAGCAAACAAACAACUCAAAGAACAUAAACAAAACACCAAUAUAAUGAAUUAUUAUUAACAGAAUUCACAUUGAAUGUUUUUUAGCCUACAGGACGACACUUACCUUUAAAGAAAAGAGAGACCAAUGGAAAAGCCUUUUAAUGGAGGAAACUAAAGUGAGGUGUAUGAGAAGAGGCCGGAUGUAUAGGAUUUACAGUUUAACCUUCUUUUUCUCUCCUUAGAUUAUCAAAAUUGACCCACAAAGUCUCAGCUAACAAGAUAAGCUGUCAGUUUGGACGUAAUUCCCCAAAGACAUCGAUAAGAAAAGGCACCUGUGUUGUAAAAUGGUCCAUAGGAAACAUGUUGCAGGUGCUUAAGGAAUCCAGUGGGUGUGAUGGGUAAUACUCAUGGACAGGGCGGAUUAUCCUGGAAACAUGUCCGGAAGAUCACCCGGAGGAUGAUCUGCUAUCUCAUCCUCCCACUUUUCACACUUUGCAAGAUUUUGAGGAUUUUAUAAAAGGCCGUUCAACCCUGGUUUUGGCAUUUAGGCUACUCACUGACUUUGCAAACACACAGUCAGUGGCCCCAACAGCGCAAUAAUGGAUGCGUGGGCCGUUCAGUUCGGGAACAUUUCCAAAAUAAGCCCCUUCGAGGGCCCACAGUACCACCUGGCCCCCAAGUGGGCUUUCUACCUGCAGGCAGCAUUCAUGGGAUUCGUAUUUUUCGCAGGUACCCCUCUCACCGGCAUCGUCCUCUUCGUUACAUUGAAGUACAAGAAACUCAGACAGCCGCUCAACUAUAUUUUGGUGAAUAUCUCCGCAGCUGGUUUUAUUUUUGACACGUUCUCGGUCAGCCAAGUAUUUGUCUGCGCGUUAAAAGGUUAUUACUUUCUUGGGUAUACGUUGUGUGCGUUGGAGGCUGCAAUGGGAUCAAUCGCGGGGCUUGUGACAGGAUGGUCCCUGGCUGUUUUGGCUUUUGAAAGAUAUGUGGUCAUUUGCAAACCCUUCGGCACCUUCAAGUUCGGAAAAAGCCAGGCCCUUGGAGCAGUAGCCCUCACUUGGGUCAUCGGGAUUGGGUGUUCUACUCCUCCCUUCUGGGGAUGGAGCAGGUACAUUCCUGAGGGUCUUGGCACAGCGUGCGGUCCUGACUGGUACACCAAAAGUGUGGAGCACAACUCGGAAAGCUACACAUACUUUCUUCUUGUCACCUGCUUCUUCAUGCCAAUGUCCAUCAUCAUCUUCUCCUAUUCUCAGCUACUGCGAGCCUUGCGUGCUGUCGCAGCCCAGCAGGCAGAGUCAGCAUCCACCCAGAAGGCCGAAAAGGAAGUGUCAAGAAUGGUUAUUGUGAUGGUGGGGUCUUUUGUGCUUUGCUACGCCCCUUACGCUAUCACUGCCAUGUGGUUCGCCAACGCCGAGGAAACGAACAAGGAUUACCGCUUGGUUGCCAUCCCCGCUUUCUUCUCAAAGAGCUCCUGUGUGUACAAUCCCCUAAUCUACGCCUUCAUGAACAAACAGUUCAACGCAUGCAUCAUGGAAACGGUAUUUGGAAAGAAGAUGGAAGAAAGCUCGGAGGUUUCCAGCAAGACGGAAACAUCAUCUGUCUCGGCUGCAUGAAUACUCUCAAACACAUUUACUGAUCACUCGAUUAUUCACAUACUGUACUUCUACACUUUUUCAAGGGGAAAGUGAUGUCACCUUGUCCCACCAAGUCACAAAGCAACAGCUCACUGGAUGUAUCCAUUCUGAUACUUACAUAAAGUUGUAUAUUUAUUUUUUGUAAAAUGUUAUGUUAGAAUAAAACAUUCAAGUAGAAUAUAUUGAAUUAAAAACCUGCAAUAGAAAGUAAAACAAAUGCAUUAUCUUUUGGGUGACAACUGAAAAUUUUCUUAAUUACAGUUUAUUGUCAAUUUGUUUGAACAUACAAUCUGUAGAUGCUUCAAAAGCAACAUUGCACCCCAGCGAUGAGCUUGCUUUGGAAGAAUCCAUAAUGCUUUAGUAUCACAAGCAGCCUCAUUUACAAACUGUACAAAGUCACUUCAAACCACUGGGUACUCAAAACAAAGUAAAAAAUGGAAGAUGCCGUCUUUGUAAGAACAACAAAUUGUCAGUGAAUAAAAAAAGCAAUACUGUAAGUGGGCAAACAGACCCUAAACAAAAUCAAGCAUACACAAUAUUCAGUUUGAUUGGACCAUAUAACAGCAGAGGACAAUACAGGUUUGAGGUUUUAGCCCGUAACCCCCACUGAAAUAAAAUAAAGAUAUCAGCCCAACAAAAUUCAGUGAAUUGUAAGGGGUGUUCCUAUUAAGAAAAUCAGUGUUUUGUACUUCUACAAUAUGAGAUAUAUCACGUGAAUAGACUUAUGCAGUCUCUCUACACUAUUGUAGGAAUCUAGGAAGAUGUUUGCAUUUUUUUGUCUAAAGAUGGCGAAGAGGAGAAUGGCUAUAAAAUGUUUGCAUACAGGAUGGAAAUAUGUCAUAUAAAUCCUCUCUUUCCUGUGCCCAGUACAUAAUCUCCAAAAAUAAAAAGGUACAAAAGCUGGGACAGUACCCUUUCAAAAAGGUACACCUUUGUACCCAAACAGUGCAUAUAAGUACUUCAAAAGAUACAUAUUGGUCCUAAAAGGCACAUAUUUGUACCUAAAUGGUACAUAUUAGGACCUUUUUAAAUGGUACUGCCCCAGUGAAAGCUUUUGUACCUUUUAUUUUUGACAGUGUAAGCUGUCAGGUGAAAUGCAAUUAAGUAUGCAUAACGAUU